UAUGACAGCGUUAUUUAAUUUUGAUUUUGAAAAGUUGAUAAGAAUUUUAUAUCAAGUAAUGUAUUGUUUACAAUCGGUUUUUCCUUUUUACAAUGAUUGAAAAUCGUUAGAACAAAGUAUGUUAACAAUAAGCAGCUGUUUAUUCACGUAAACAAUAAAAUGGAACCAACAUCACCAUGGAAGACGCCAAACCAAGUAAUGCAACUUCACAAGCUGAAACGAAAGAAGAAAGCUUUACAGGAACGAAUGAAACAACCUUCCAGACCAUCGAGUGAAGAAACUCCUGCCCCAAUUACAACAACUUUAGAUUUUUCAAGAAUUAUCAAUGGUGAUAAAAGAAAAAACCCAUUUUCAAAAUGCAGUACAGAAUCAAAUAAAAAACAAAAGGUAGAUUCCGAGACUCAAUUAGAAGAAUCCAGUGACAACACUCUGUUUGCUCUCCUUAAGUUACCAACAAAUGUAAUAGAAAAGCCGCCAGCAAAAGUUGACACUGAAAAGCUUUCUACAUUUUCUAAUCUAUUACAAAAAUACACAGCUGACCACACUGUGGAAACAAAAAUAGUUGAAGAGAAGCAUAAACACUUACCAAUAGACUGGGCUCUGAGGACAAAGUUAAGGUUGAUGUCAGCCAAGCCAUUCGCAUGGACAGCAAAGUUAAAAGCAAGUGAAGAAGCUUCAGGAAUCACUGGUUUUGUCCGUUGCCUGGACACCUCAUCAUUAACACUGGACACGUCACCGCGAGCGCGGUUCCACCAGUGCUGUCUGUACUGGCAACACCCGCAGCUGCCCUGGCUGCAGCUGUUCCCCCGCGCACCACGCCAUGCUGCAGCGCCCGCGCUCGCUCUCACCACCGCACAGCGGGAAGCACUGCAUAGAGACUGGACGGAGAGCUUUCGUUCUUUAUUCCAGCUGGUGCGGGCGCUGCACUGUCCGUACUUCUACGUGUGCGCAAACACCUUCACGUGUGUGUUCCGCGCGGCCGGCGUGUGCGGCCUGUCGGAGCCCUGCGCGCUCAUUGCGCCCACCACGCGCGGCUUCCGACAGACGUUGCGGCAGGAGGAUGUGGAGUUCACGAUGCCGCUACGGCAAGACAAAAAAAGACUAAACACAUCUGCAGAGGAGCGUCCGAAGAACUCGUCUACUGACAGCUGCUACGACACGAUGGAGGGCCAGCCGCACCACGACGCCAGCUCGGGGGAUGAGGACCCCGACCAGUUCUUGUCACAGCUGGGCCUCGAGACCGAGGACCUUAGGAAGAUAAAUAAUGCUCAGGCGCGCGUGCGAGCGUGCGCGGAGAGCAGCGUGGACAGCGCGGCGCAGUCGCUGGUGCUGGUGCGCGGCGCGGAGGCGCAGGCGCUCUUCAACUUCCUGCUGAACUGCCGCUCGCUGGCCAGCGACACUGGCGCGCUGGCCGGCGUGCCGCCCACGCUGCUGGCGCCCACCGCCUUCCACGGCGGCGCGCUCAACUCGCUCAAGUUUCGUGAGAAUACGGUGCAAGUGGAGGGCAAAAAGUACUAUUCAAUCGAAUUACGCGGCCCCAUCCUACCGAGCGCUGUGCCGGCGCUGUGCGGCGCGCUGCGGGCCAGCGCCGCCGCCAGCUACAGCGCCACCUUCGCGCACCUCGCGCCCACGCUCGCCUUCUCCUGGGCCGCCGGAGACAUCGCACAAGAGGAAUCUUCAAAGGACAAUGAACCGAAUCAUUUCACUAAAGCGUUUAAUAAUGAAAACUUAUCAGACUGCGGCAUCAGCAAGGACAUGCUGCAGUUAUUCUGUUCCUCAGAUCCCGAUCUGGUGAAGUCACUUGAUAGCGUCAGAUAUAAUGCGGAAGAUGAAACGUAUUCGUGGUGAUUGUUAGCGUGAGUUUCGACUGACGAAACAUGUCAACAUGUUUUGUCUUUUCAGUAACAAUGAAAGAGAUGACUAUAUUUGUAUGUUUCGUCAGACGAAAUUCACAUCAAAUGUGUGCAUGUAAAGAUGAAAUAAAAUUGUUUGAAAAAUCA